AUGACCAACGCAAACGAACAGCAGCAAGCCCCAGCCUCCCAUCUGUCGUUGUUGGCGGAAGCCACAAGCAGAAGUGCGGCAGCAGCCGCGGCAGGUGCUGCUUCAGCAUCCGGUCCUUCUCCCGCGGCAGCUUUUCACGAUCGUUCUCUGGCGGAGUCGAUGCUACGCCGUGGAUUGGGGGAUCAAGGUAAUGGUGCUGGUGGCGGUGGCGGCGCUGGUGCCGGUGGUCCCCUUCGAGAGGAAUUGCUGAGACAGAAGCAGGCAGACAGUAUGAGGCAAGCUGCUGCUUUGCACGCGCAACAGUCUAAUAAUGGAGCUGGAUUGUUGCAACAGCUCAGUGAAAGCCAGCAACUGUCGCAGCAGAUAUCACAGCAGUUGUCACAUUCGGAUAUCCGGUCGGCACUGGCCAGUGCCCAACUCCGUCAAGCACCGCAGUUGUCCAACUCAGAUAUCAUGGCUCUAGCGAGAACUGGAGCUUUGCCUGGGCUGGGAGGAAUCAUCGGUGCUGGAGGUCUCGCGGGUAUGUCAGGUGGUGCAGGCCAACGAUUGGGGGAGCUAGAGCUCCAAAGUCUAGAGGAACUGGAACGCCGUCAACGUAGACUGGCUUCAGGUUUGCCACCUCAAGUGGGCGGAGCUGGGUCCUUAGCAGCACAUGUUCAGGCUCAAAAUCAAGCUGCGCAGCAAGAAUCAGAAUCGGCCGCUUCGGCAAACCAGUCCACCAACGCCGCCAAUGGACAAAAGGCGUCUUUGAUGGGAGGACCGAUGGGCGUGCCCCAGUCUGACUUUGCUGGGGAGGCUGAUCCUAGGGCCUCUGCUCCCGGCGAUAAAGAAUCGCGUCGUGAUCCUGGCAGUGUAGUGGUGCCCUGUCGGGCUCGAGGCAUGCCAAUGGAUCAUAAUUUCAAGACUGCUUAUUUUGUUAUUCCUGAAAAUGUUCGCCAUGGCGAGGAGUUGAUAUGCUCCUACUUUGCCUGUCGCAAUGCCGGUGUUAAGUUUCGUUACUGUUCACAUUGCAAAGUGCCUGUUGCCAAGCGCAACUUUCGAAAACGCCACAGGCAUGGUGACACAGACAAAUCGAAGGCCAUUGUAGACGAUGAUGACAAUUCAGUGGAAGGAAGUGUAGAAGAAAACAACGAUGGCGAACUUGAUGAUGUGCCUCCGAAAAUAAAGGCAAAAGAGGCUGGAAAUAUGAACCUUAUCGCGAACAUGCAAGAUAUCAACAGGGCUUCGGCGGGGCUAGGGUCUCAGGCCCUUAACGGGCAUCAGCAACGUGCUCUUGAUCAGCUCAACGCACAGCAACAGAUGCGGGACGCACAGGCCGUGGCGCAGCAUGCUGCUGCUCAGGAUGCACGGGCAUUACAGGAGCGAUCUUUGAUGAUGGGCAUGCCAAAUUUUGCCUCGCAGGCAUCAAAGCUCCAAAAUGCUAUUAAGGACGGAGCAAAUCUACCAGAUGCGCUCGCGCAGAGAUUUGGAGGUGCUGCUCAGGCGUUUGCCUCGGGGCUACCCGGGUCUGUCUCGCUGGGAGCGACCAACUUGUCAGCAUUCAACCCUGCAGGCAACGGGGGUGCCCAGGGACAAGGCGCUCGUAGUAAAGAGCGGGAAAUGUUCAUGGAGGCCCAAAAAGAAAAGUGGCUUGCCCUGCUUGCCAGUCGACCUCUCACAACCGAUGGAGACACCAUGUCUGCGUGGUUAAUGGAGGUGCUUGCAGUUAGCGAUCCCUCGCUCCUUCUCGGAAAUCGAAAUAUUCCCGGUUUGGGUAUGACGACAAUGACGGCCGGAGAACCAGACGACAAAACGCAGACGAAAAAUGAUCUUGGAAUGGAUUCAGUAUCCGCGAGGAUGAUGGGCAUGACCAACGAAGAAGCACUAAAGGCUCUCGAGACGAAGAGGGCCUUGGCCCAAGCUGGCUUGGGUGCAGCAAACGAUGCUGGUUGCAAUGUGAGUUUCACGGAAUGGAGGGACCGGAAAAAACAGAAAAAAGGCAUGCCCAAAAGGUAG